AUGGCGCCAAAGGCUGCAGCCGGAAAGAAGCCAGUGGCAGAGAAAGCACCCGCAGAGAAGAAGCCCAAGGCUGAGAAAAAGCUUCCAAAGGAGUCGUCAGCAUCAGCAACCGACAAAAAGAAGAAGAAGCACAAGAAGUCGGUAGAGACGUACAAGAUCUACAUCUUCAAGGUUUUGAAGCAGGUUCAUCCGGAUAUUGGGAUCUCGAGCAAGGCAAUGGGGAUCAUGAACUCCUUCAUCAAUGAUAUUUUCGAGAAGCUUGCUCAGGAAGCGUCGAAGCUUGCAAGGUACAACAAGAAGAAUACGUUGUCGUCGAGGGAGAUUCGGACUGCUGUGAGACUUGUACUCCCUGGUGAAUUGGCAAAACAUGCUGUUUCUGAGGGUACUAAGGCUGUUACCAAGUUUACUAGCGCUUAGAGGGGAUUGGUUUGUUG